CCCCAUGGCCUCUACCGUGGCCGGGCCGGUGGAGCUGGGCUUUGCCGAGGAGGCGCCGGCGUGGCGGCUGCGCAGCGAGCAGUUUCCCAGCAAGGUGGGCGGGCGGCCGGCCUGGCUGGGCGCGGCGGGGUUGCCGGGGCCCGGCGGCCUGGCCUGCGCGCUCUGCGGCCGCCCUCUGGCCUUCCUGCUGCAGGUGUACGCGCCGCUGCCCGGCCGCGCCGACGCCUUCCACCGCGGCCUCUUCCUCUUCUGCUGCCGGGAGCCGCCGUGCUGCGCCGGCCUGCGAGUUUUUAGGAAUCAGCUACCCAGGAAAAAUGACUUUUACUCAUAUGAGCCACCUUCUGAGAAUCCUCCCCGCGAAACAGAAGAAUCUGUGUGUCUCCAACUUAAGUCUGGCGCACAUCUCUGCAGGGUUUGUGGCUGCCUAGGCCCCAAGACAUGCUCCAGAUGCCACAAGGCUCAUUAUUGCAGUAAGGACCAUCAGGCUCUAGACUGGAGAUCAGGACAUAAGCAGGCUUGUACACAACCAAAUCAAUUGGAAUAUACAGUUCCAGACCACAACUUCCUUUUUCCAGAAUUUGAAAUUGUAACAGAAACAGAGGAUGAGAUUAUGCCUGAAGUCAUGGAAAAGAAAAAUGACUCAGAGGUUGUACGGAACAUUGGUGAAGCACUUGAGGAAGAACUGGAUUCCAUGGCAAAACAUGAAUCCAGGGAAGACAGAAUUUUCCAGAAGUUUAAAACUCAGAUAGCCCUUGAACCAGAACAGAUUCUCAGAUAUGGCAGAGGUAUUGCCCCCAUCUGGAUUUCUGGUGAAAAUAUCCCUCAAGAAAAGGAUAUUCCAGAUUGCCCUUGUGGUGCCAAGAGAAUAUUUGAAUUCCAGGUCAUGCCUCAGCUGCUGAACUACCUAAAGGCUGACAGACUGGGCAGAAGUGUUGACUGGGGUGUCCUGGCUGUCUUCACCUGUGCUGAAAGCUGUAGCUUGGGCACUGGCUAUACAGAGGAAUUUGUAUGGAAGCAGGAUGUAACAGAUACAUCUUAAAGACAUUAAAGCCUUAAAAACAUUA